UCAACCCCCACCCCACAUUUCAAAAUGCUCCCCCUCCUCAUCCUCCUCACGCUCCUCCUCGCCGGCGACCCAGGCGGCACCUCCGCCGCCACCCCACCACCACCACCACAGCCAAACCUCCCCAUCGGCGUAAACUACGGCGCGAACGCGGACAACCUCCCUGCCCCAACCGCCGUCGCCGCCUUCCUCGCCUCCAAAACCACCAUCAACCGCGUCAAGCUCUUCGACUACAACCCGACCUUCAUAUCCGCCUUCGCCAACACCUCCAUCUCCGUCGCCAUAACGCUCCCCAACUCCCUCCUCCCUUCCCUCGCCGACAAAUCCACCGGCCUCACCACCGCCGUCUCCUGGGUCCGGGCCAACCUCGCCCCCUACGUCCCGGCCACCAACGUCACCCUCCUACUCGCCGGCAACGAGAUCCUUCUCUCCCCGGACCCAAACCUCAUCCUCGCCCUCCUCCCCGCCAUGCGCCGCCUCGCCCAAGCCCUCAAAUCCGAGGGCUUCCCCUCCAUCCGCGUCUCCACCCCGCACUACCUCGGCAUCCUCGCCCCCUCCGACGGGAUCCCCUCCAACGCCACCUUCCGCGCCGGCUACAACACCAAGCUCUUCCCCUCCAUGCUCCAGUUCCACCGCGACACCAAAUCCCCCUUCAUGGUCAACCCCUACCCUUACUUCAGCUACAACCCGCAGACGCUCAACUACGCGCUCUUCCGCCCCAACGCCGGGAUCUACGACCCGGCGACGAAGCUCAACUACACCAGCAUGUUCGAGGCGCAGAUGGACGCGAUCUACACCGCCAUGGUGAAGCUUGGGUACGGGGAUGUGGAGGUCGCCGUCGGGGAGGCCGGGUGGCCGACGCAGGCGGAGGCGGGCCAGGUUGGGGUUGGGGUGAAGGAGGCGCAGGAUUUUAAUGAAGGGAUGUUGAGGGUUUGCAGCAGUGGCAAGGGGACGCCGUUGAUGCCGAAUAGGACUUUUGAGACGUAUUUGUUCUCCUUGUUUGAUGAGAACCAGAAGCCUGGACCUGUUGCUGAGCGGCAUUUCGGGCUGUUUAAUCCGGAUUUCGCUCCUGUUUAUGACCUCGGGCUGCUCACGGAUGGCAAGUCCGUGGCUCCAAACCCUUCUCCAAACCCAUCGCCGAAACCAAGCCCUAAACCAUCGCCGUCCGGAGGCGGGACUUGGUGUGUCGCCAAGAACGGCGCCAACAGUUCAGACCUGCAGAACAACAUCAACUGGGGAUGCGGCUACGUGGACUGCAAGCCGAUCCAGACUGGUGGGGCGUGCUUCGACCCGAACAACGUGCAGGCCCACGCCUCGUACGUUAUGAACGCCUACUACCAGGCCAACGGCCACACUGACUCUGCCUGCGACUUCAAGGGCACCGGCACCGUCACCUCCAGCGACCCCAGUUACGGGGAUUGCAAAUACGUCUCCUGACGGUACGCAGCAAGCCACGGCAGUGCGAGGGCAGGGGCGCCAGCAGCCCUGAGCCCGCUACAACCUCCUGCUCGGAGCCGCAGCGACGGAGGGUCGUUGACAUUGCCGGGCUUGCGCCACAUUCUUCUGUACUUGUGUCUCACAACAGCCAUGCUUCUUCUUCCUUAGUUAGAUAGAUGCCCUUAGCUUAGUGCAGAGGGAGUAAAUUGAAAAGGGAAAAGAGGAAUGGAAUGGUGCAUCCUUCCCAGAUACUGGCAGUCGUGGUACUGCCUGUGCUGUGUUGGAUCGUUAUCUGAUUAAUUUUAUUUUUCGUUCUUCUCUGUGCUUGCCAUUCCGUUCGAUUCUAUGUGGAAAUAUAAUAAAAACAGAUUGAUUAU